UGCUGUGGAGUACACUGCUGGUUCCAGGGAAGGGGAGCAAUACUGUCCUGCCACUCAAGCUCUUCUGUUUGCCCAUGCCCUGAGGGAAAAGACUUUGAGAAGAUGGAGAACCAGAGGGGAGUGCUCUUGGGAUAUGUCCGCUGGGAAGGAGAAGAGGAAGGGGAUGAGGAGGAUCAGGUGGCUUCUUGUGUUUCUCCUUCCAGCCAAACGAGUAGACUGCAAGAUGUGGAGGUGGAGAUGCUUGAGAAGGCAAGGGAGCUCUUCCAGCUGUGUGACAAGGAUGAGAAGGGUUUUAUCACUAAGGUGGACAUGCAGCGGCUCCAGAGUGAACUGCCCCUAACCCUUCAGCAGCUGGAGACUGUUUUUGACAGCUUGGAACAGAACAAUAAGGGAUACCUGACACCUGUGGAGUUCAGCAUGGGACUAGGGAAGUUAAUAGGGAUUGAAUUGUGUCAAGGGGCUGGGAGAAUGGAUCACUCCAGGCACGAGGAGACCUUUGAGUCAGGCUGGUCAGAUGACUUGGACCCAGGAGAUGACGAUGAAGAGAAACGAUUCUGUUCCAUGAUGGAGCAGCUUGGAGCAGCCCAGUUGUUUGAAGAUCCACAUGAGAUUCGGGAGCUCUGGGCUCGGCUACGAAAGGAGCGUCCGGAGCUCUUAUCCAAUUUUGAAGAAUUUCUAUUGCGAGUUUCAUCGUACAUAAAGGAGGUGAAUCAUGAGAAGGAGUCCAUGGAACAGGCACUGAAGCGGAAGGAGUCAGACCAUGACCGAGAAGUCAGGUGCCUUUAUGAAGAAAUGGAACAACAGAUCAAAGCAGAAAGGGAGAGGCUGGUCUGCCAGGAAGCACUGAGACAUGACAGGAGUAACCUGCUCCAAAAGGAACUGCACAACAAAGAACAGGAGCUGGAGAAAAUCCUCUACCGCCAGAAGAAGCUGGAACAUCAGCUGCAGUCACUGAACUCAGAGCAGCUGGAGACCCGGGUGCAGAAUGAAAGGCUCCGGCACCUGAAUGAAAACCUGCUGGAAGAGCUGGAGAAAAGCAAAUGGGAGCUGGAGGCGGUGAAGGGGCAAUUACAGAAGCUUCAGAAAGAGGCUCAGCUUGAGCAAGAGCAGAAGGACAGGGAUGUGUUUAGAGUCUCCAAGAACAUGCAGAAAGAGAAACAAAGCCUCCUUCGCCAGCUGGAGCUCCUCAGAGAGAUGAACAAGAAACUUCGAGAUGAGCGAGACGCUUUUGAAGCCAAGAAGCUGGUGCCUCAGAACAAAAAGCCCCUGUUGAAGAAAGGCUCAGUGCUAGGCAGUUACCUGCUGGACGACAAGCCAGUCAAACGACAACUGGCCUCUGCGGACCUUCCCUUCACCUUCCCAGCGGAUGUGGCAGUGGAAGAACCCAACAGAAAGAACUGUAAAUACUUCCCAGGCAAUGGGACAUGGAUGAAGACAGGAGAAGGAGAAAGCACAAACUUUGGAGACAACCCUAGAGACAAGGAGAGAUGGCCCUUGGCAGCAGAUACUGAGUGGUUUAAGAUGACUUUGAAGGGUGACACUGACUGCAGAAAAAAAGCAGAUGGCUUAGAUGCUGCUCCGCUGCCUCCUAGAGCACAGCCUGUUGGCACUGAAACCAGGCUCCAGGCACUGGAACCAGCCAGCUGUUCCCCAGAUCGCAUCUUUAAAGUGGUGUUUGUAGGGAACUCUGGUGUUGGGAAGAGUUCCUUCAUCCACCGCUUCUGCUAUGACAGGUUCUUGGCUGAGCUCAAUGCAACCAUCGGUAUUGAUUACCAGGUGAAGAGUUUAAUGGUGGAUAACACCCAGGUUGCCUUGCAGCUGUGGGAUACAGCCGGACAAGAAAGGUUUCGGAGUAUUACCAAGCAGUAUUUCCGGAAGGCAGAUGGGAUUCUGGUGAUGUACGACAUGACAGCCGAGUGCUCCUUCAUGGCCGUGCGGAACUGGAUGAGCAGCAUCCAGGAAGGUAUCGAGGAUGGAGCUGUGGUCUUUCUGCUUGGAAAUAAAAUGGAUGCUGUGCAGAGAGAGACCCGGAAUGUGCCCAAGGUGGAGGGGGAAAGGCUGGCAAAGGAAUACAAGGCUGUCUUCUAUGAGUGCAGUGCGAUGACUGGCUAUAACAUCAUGGAGCCCAUGCUGCACAUGGCCAGGUUGCUGACAGCACAAGAAGACAGGCAGAGGGAGAAUGCCCUGCAGCUGGAAGAUAUCGGCAGGAGGAAAGGGUGCUGCACAUAAGGCACAUCAAUGUGUCAGCAAGAGGCAUGUGCCAGCACUGUAUCAUGAAGCUGGGGGUUCCUUUCAAGCAAGCUGAAUCUGAUGGUAUCAGCUCUCCAGAGAUUUGGGGAAGCUGAAG